AUGUCCAGGCUCGUCGAUUACUUUGUGAUUGUGGGCUUUGACCACGAAAAAGAAAGGGGCGGUCUGAGCAACGGCGUUAUUCUACAACGAUUCCCGGAAAUUAAUUGGGACGACACACCCUUCCACGACGGCAUAGAAUGGUUCUGUCAGCCGCAAGGAUGGGCGCUUUCAACGGAGCGAUCAGAGCCGAGGUUCUACGUGUCCGUGUUGACGGACGUGGACGCAAACAGACACUACUGUGCGUGCCUCUGCUUCAACGAGACGGUCGCCAUCACGCCCACAAAGCCCGCAGACGAGGUACAAAUGCUGCUAGAUUAG